AACAUAAAAGUGGUAUAUGUAUUAUUAUUUUUGUUGUUUUCUCAGAGCUUCAACAGACACCAACCGAUUUAUUCUUUCACCAUUUCUCUCCAUCGAAGGAGAUUUUUAAAAAAAGAAGAAGAAGAAAGAGUAGAAAAGUAGUUAUUUUGAAUCCAGGUAACUCACAGAAUCAAUCUCCUUUCCACUUUGAACAAAAAGGCGAAAAUGGAGAGUUUCAGCGCCGAAGAUCUGUCAACAAUAGGCGGCAUAGCCACCGUUUCCCUUCUUCAUUCCUUCAUUCCCACCCAUUGGCUUCCUUUCUCCAUCGUCGGACGGGCCCAGAAAUGGACCCUUUCUCGUACCCUUUUCGUCACCGCAUUUGGAGCAGUUUUGCAUGUAAUAUCUACUUCGCUUCUUGGUAUAACUGCCAUCACUAUGGCGAACACGAUUGCUGGAGAAGAAACAGUGCAUAAACUUGCUUCACUUUUGCUCAUAGUUCUUGGUGGUAGCUAUAUACUGUUGUUUUUGUCUGGAAAAGGUGGGCACAGUCAUUCUCAUAAUCAACCUAUGGAGAAAAUGGCUGUUGCCGGUCUUGUCCUUGUUCCAGCAUUGUCUCCUUGCGCUACCACUCUUCCGGUGUUUCUAGCUGUUGGAAACUCAUCAUCGAUGAUGGUGCUUGCAAUCAUAGUGCUUCUAUUCAGCACAAUAGCAGUGAUGACCUCAUUGGUUGCUUUGUCGUUCUACGGUGCUAGCCAGCUUAAGUUUCAUUGGGUGGAGCGAUAUGACAAAGUUCUUGUAGGUUCGGUGCUAUGCUUGGUAGGGAUCUUAACUCUAAUUUUUCACCAUCAUGACGGAGAUGAAGGUUUGCAUGGACAACAUGUGCACAGGAAAGUCAUCGUUCUUUGAGGACUACACAACAUCCAGCAAAUGUAUGUUUUGGCUUGAUGUGAUCAUCCAAUUUAAACACUAUAGGUAUAAACUGUUCAUUGUGCCAUAAGCGUAUUACAAGAUCGUUUUUUCUUGUUAGUCUAUGUAUGCACACAUGUUAUGGUCAGUUUGCCAUCAUUUUCAAUGGUCAAGCUUGUUUUGCUCGUA